AUGUCUGCCGGUAAAAAGAUCAAGAUCUCUUCUUUCCUAGACAUCCAAGCCGAAUCUCUCCACGAAAAGAUUACUGACCACAGCGCCGGCAAAACACAAGAAGUCACUAAGCAGGAACCUCACCAGACGACUAAAUCUGUAACUGUGACAUCCAAUCCAGUCAAAUACGAGACGAAAGGCGCUUCCGACGAGCCCAAAGUCACUGAGGGCAAGGAGAAGACGAUACAGCAGACUGUAGCAACAGUAGGCUACGACACCAGCCAACUUUGA